AUGGGAGUGGCGAAUUAUGGCAUGUAUGUACAUGCCACCCGGCAUAUGGCCUCGGCAUGCCAUGGCAUGGUUCAGAGAGUAGAGAACAUUGUCUGCUAUUUGAUCAGUUUAUGUGUGAUUUUUAUAUCCAAUCUUAAAUUUUCCCUCUCUAAAAAUUUAUACACAGUCCCCUACAAUUACUUACAUGAUGCAAACAUAGGCAAAAAGAUUUCGUUCCCCUCCCCCAGCACUGUGCUGCUCCGUCACGAGAACAUCCUUGGCUUCUAUGGAUCGGACAUGACAUCUCGUGGGGCAUGUACUCAACUCUGGCUGGUCACUCAUUAUCAUCCUCGUGGCUCUCUGCACGACUACCUGAAUAUUCAUACCUUGGACCACACAUCACUGAUUAACAUUGCCCUCUCAGCCAUCAAUGGACUCCUUCAUUUGCAUACGGAAAUAUUUGGUACACAAGGAAAACCAGCCAUUGCCCAUAGAGAUAUCAAAACAAAGAACAUUUUGGUAAAGCUGAAUGGGACAUGUGUGAUUGCCGACUUUGGACUUGCUGUAAUGCACACUCAAACUACAGGGGAGAUCAACAUAGGCAAUAAUCCCAGAGUAGGGACAAAGCGCUACAUGAGCCCUGAAGUUUUGAAUGAAUCGAUUAACAUGACUGUGUUCGAGUCCUUCCGUAAAGUGGACAUCUAUGCUCUUGGCUUGGUUCUGUGGGAAGUUUGCCGAAGAUGCAUAUCCAAUGGAAUCAUAGAUGAGUACAAGCCUCCUUUCUAUGAUGUCGUUCCCAAUGACCCAAGCUUUGAUGACAUGAAGAAGGUGGUGUGUGUGGAUCAAUAUCGACCCGUCAUCCCCAAUAGGUGGACAAGUGAUCCAGUAUUGACAGGAAUGUCUAAGAUCAUCCGUGAAUGUUGGCAUCAGAACCCUAGUGUUCGACUGACAGCCCUCAGAGUCAAGAAAUCGUUGGUUAAGUUGGCACAAGAAGAGACGAAAAUCAAACUGGAAUUUGACUGUUGACACAAGAACAUUUGUCAUUCAAAGUUCAAAUUGUAUAUGAGUGAAUGGGUAAAUGUGAACUCAUUGUGUUGCUGGUUCCAGCACAGUGCAGCUGGCUUUGUUAGGUGAAAAUAUGUAUUGCUAAAGAGUAUCAAAAUGGACUGUUGUUACUACAUGUUAUUUAAUACUCAAGUAUAGUUAAGCAAAUUAGGUAUUGCUGCAGUGCUAAAUGUAAGAUUAUGUAAAACAGAAAAUAAUGGGCAAAAUUUAAUUUUAGCCACAUCAUUUAGAAUGGUGAAUGUAUUUUGUAAACAUCCCUAAUACUUAGGAUUUUUUUUUUUCAUCUUUGCAGGUUUCAAUCCAUAUAGCAGGUGAAAGUACAAUAUAGUUCAGCAGCUGACUGUAAACCACAAUGAAUUUACAAAUUUAUUGUAUAUUCAGGACUAUGCCUUUCAAAAAUUAACAAUUCUUUAUCAUUUGCAAUAAGGGUAAUAAUGAUAAAUAUGAUAAUAAUGAUAAAAAUAUUUGAUCUGUAGGGUUAACCAACAAGAUUUAGAUACAGUAUGUAUCUCAUUUCUAUCUUAUUUCAUUUUCAGAAUUUUGUAAACAUUUUUACUUAUUACUGUUAUUAACUUACAAAUAACACCACAACUGCUGCUGCUGUUGCUGUUACUACAAUAACACCUACUAUGUCCUUAUUCCCAAUCAUUUACUUUUGAUAUUCCCUGUUUUUCUUAGUUUCUUCUUUUUCCUGUUAAUUUUCUUUCUUAUUAUAUAUAUCGUUUUGAGCAAUCCAUAAUUCAAAAUGAUAAUGUUAUCAGCAUCAUUGAUUUUUUUUAUUAUUAUUAUUAAUAUUAUUAUUAUAAGGGCACUAAACACGUUUUUAGUUGGAUGUUUACUUAAGUAUAUGCCCGCUGGAGUUGUGUAGUUUAGUUUUUGUAGAAGUUGUGGAAUACAAAUGAAAACUAUAUACAGUAUUGGCUCUGAGAGCAAUGAGAUUACUGAUCUUGUUCAUGAAUGUUACUUAAGAGUAGCAUAGAUGAGUGUCGAAGACAGUAUAGAACUAUAUUGGCUGAGUGUGGUGAUAUAGUGAGAUAUUCUCUCUCUCUCUCUCUCUCUCUCUCUCUCUCUCUCUCUCUCUCUCUCUCUCUCUCUCUCUCUCUCUCUCUCUCUCUCUCUCUCUCUCUCUCUCUCUCUCUCUCUCUCUCUCUCUCUAUCUCUCAUAUUUUUGGUGGUGUUCAUUGCCAAUUAUGUAUCUGAAAAAGGAGGAGAUAUUGUGGUCAGCUUUUUACUUUUUUCAGGAUUGAGAGAAGGACCCAUAAAGUGAUGUAAUACUUAGUACAAUUAUACGAAUAAUUUGUUGAUUAGGAUACAGUGUGCCUAUAGAAUAAACAUCAGGUCAUAGAAUUAGUAGAUACUUCUUUUUUUAUGGUAUUUCUUCCCUUUAUUCUUCUUCCAUUUCUUUUUUAUUAUAUUUUUUACUCUUUUAUGUUUGUUCUUGUUUUCUCCACCAUCUUUUUUUUUAAGCUGUGAGGACACCUACGUCAUGAUUUAUAGUUUCUUUGAAAGAAGCAUACUUUGCCUUUUGUCAGUUUUUUUGUUUGUUUUUUUUCCUCUCCAUCAGUCUUUCUUUGUUUCUUUCUAUGACAGCCUAUGAUUGAGGAUGCUUUUAAACUGUUCUGCCUG